GCGCAAGGUUUACCUUUGCUUUCAACCCUACCCGUGCGCCACAGCGGUCCAGAUCGACGACCGGCUCUUGCUCCUUUUCUUUUCUUUUCUUCUUUGUCAACGGACCUAGCUAGCUAAGCUCGUGGUUUUCUCCGCACGUUGGAGCGGUGCGGUGUUGUUGCAGAUGCAAGUGCAUAGUGUUGUCAUGAUGUAGUGAAAACGGGUGCGGAGUAUAGUGUUUAGUGCUGCAUGUGGAGAGUGAGUGUGGGGUGUGUUGGCAGAAGUCAUUCAUCAUUUUCGCGAAGAAGCUACUGCAAUAGUAAAGCCAGCUGUAGUGUGCGCAUGGUAACGCUUGGAAGAACACGAGGUUAGGACGGAAGCUAGCCACGUCAACGUGGUCGGCCAGAGAUUAGCUGGAAAUGUCACUGUUCAAAUUACCAUGUCUGCAUGUCUGCCGUGCGCAUGCGUUGCGGCGUGCGGCGGCGUUGCGGCUCCGAGGAAGUGGUUGAGAGGCAGCGUAGCUCGUGCUCUCGAGACGAAGAUCGUGAACGGCUGCGUCGAUCGGGCUGCAAGGCCAGCCCGCUCCCAACCCAUCGCCCCUUUCCACCCGCCAGUCCAGUCUCCUGAGCGACGGGGAAAAUAUCUUCUGUGCUCAUCAUCACGGUGGUCAGAGCAUGGAAGCAUCGAGAAGGAGUUUGUGUGGAAAUUUGACUUCCAAAUCUGCGCAAUCGUGGCGCUGAAGUCGUGUGGUAUCAUUUCUAAGUGUUUGUUGAGUGGUAUCUUCCUGAUGAUUAACCUUAUCCCACGCCAUGCCCAUGCCCAUUUACCCACAACAAGCCAAAGAGUGAACAUGCGCCAAUGCCCACCCCAUCUUCCUUGCAAGACUAGCAUGCAAGACCGGGCCGGCCCACGUAUAGAAGUGAAGAGAAAAAGAUUGCACCAAACCAUGUCCUGCAUCGAAGCGAAAUUGAUCGUCCUCUAUUGGAAGGAGGAGACGAAAGAAAGAAAACAACCCUAAAAGUCAACAGCCGACCGCCCAUGCGGAAACCCCGCACCGCAGGCUCGGCAAUUGAAAACAAUGCUAUGCAAAGCAGUUUUGUGUUGUCGUCGCGUCGUUAAGAGGUCGCUAACAAAGGAAAUAAGAGAGAACAGUAGAAGCUUUGUACAGGUAAUGAUCGAGCGAUGAAGCUCAAGAAGCAAGUCUAUGGGAUAUCGCCAAGAUGCAGUAACUAAGGUCAAAGUUUGCUCGCCGGCAAACGAUCCUUGUUGGUCCCCCAUGGUUGAGUAUUGCGCCGAUGACCGAUGUGAAAACAAAGUAUUGGUUGUAGAAAACGGGUAUAUGCUAGAAGCG